AUGGCGCCGUCAGCAUUCACCAACGGCAACCCUAAUGCCGAUGAGCCCGUCAGGACUCAUGACUCCGAGGGCAAGCGAACCCCGAGGAAGCUGGUCCUCUGCUUUGACGGCACGGGCAACACGUUCACCGGAUCCAACGCCGACACCAACGUCGUGAAGCUCCUUAGCAAGUUGGACCGCAACGACCCCGAUCAGUUCCACUACUACCAGACUGGCAUUGGCACAUACGACAUCGACGAGACGUCGGUCAACAAGUCAUGGUUCGGCGAGAUGAAGAGCUCCGUCACGAUGACGAUCGACCAGGGCGUCGGAACGACGUUCGACGCUCACGUCCUCGCCGGCUACAGGUUCCUGAUGCGAUACUAUAGCUCCGGCGACAAAAUCUACAUGUUCGGCUUCAGCCGCGGCGCCUUCACGGCCAAGUUCCUCGCCCGCAUGAUCCACACCGUCGGCCUCCUCUGCAAGGGCAACGAGGAGAUGGUGCCCUUCGCCUACAAGCUCUACCAGCGGUACCUCGCGGGCGAGGUCGCCGACUUCGUCACCUCGCACCCGAAGAAGUCCAAGAGGAACAAGGAGGCCAAGCGCGCGGCCAAGCGCGCCGCCGCCGAGGCGGAGGCCAUCGCCAACGGCACGCAGCCCAUGACGGCCGAGCACACCGACAGCAAGGGCAACAAGCACAGCCACCGGUACGACGUGGCGCUCAACGAGAUCGCGGCCUUCGCGGACACCUUCUGCCGCAAGGAGAUGGUCGACCACCACGGCGUGCUGGAGGAGGCCAACAUCAAGGUGCACUUCCUCGGCAUCUGGGACUGCGUCAACUCGGUGGCCAUCCUCGAGCGCAAGGCGCCGAUCCCGGUGCCGGUGGUCGGCACGGCGCAGCACGUGCGGCACGCGGUGGCCGUCGACGAGCGCCGCGUCAAGUUCAAGGCCGCGCUGCUCGCGCAGGACGUGGUCGAGGACGAGCACAACCACGACGACGUCAAGGAGGUCUGGUUCCCCGGGUGCCACGGCGACGUCGGGGGCGGGUGGCCGGCCUCGGACAGCAACGCGCUCGACAACGCGGAGGAGGUGAGCAUGGGGUGGUGGGGGUGGGUCAAGAACUUCUGGACGACGCGCAAGGCCAAGGAGACGGCGAUGGGGUGCGACCGGCUGCAGCUGAGCGACGUCGCGCUGGCGUGGAUGAUUGACGAGGUCGAGGACGUCGGUCGGCAGGACCCGUCGGCGGCGCUGAAGUGGCGCGAGAACCUGCACGUGUUCAAGCACCACUUUGCGGACAAGAAGAAGCAGGCGAUGAAGGGGCCGAUUCACGACUCGCUCGCGUUUAACACGGGCACGGGAUUCUUCACGGUGUUGCUUUGGAAGCUCAUGGAAUGGCUGCCCUUUAUCACCCGCUGGGAACUCGACGAGAAGGGCGAGUGGGAGGAUAUCCGGUUCCCGCUCAACAAGGGCGAGACGCGCGACAUUCCGCCUUCGGCGGUGCUCCACGAGUCGCUCCUCUGGCGUCUGGCAAACGAUGACAAGUACCACCCGAAGAACAACCACGGCGGAAACGAAAAGGCAAACACGUGCUUGAAGCACAUCAAUCACCAGAAGAAACUGACUCACGUGGCCAAAUGCGAUCCUCCCCAUGACCACCAUGAAGUUCAUAAGGAUUGCACCCACAGGACAUUUACCAUCCUCCAGCCUGCGCACACUGUAGCGAAGUCGGGGGCCCUCAACUAA